GAUGUUGACAUUUUGAUUAGACAAAUAGGCAUAGAACAUUCUUGGCCCGAAAACCAAGUGAAUUCGGAUGCUAUAGAAUUACUGCCAAUUGUCAAAGAUUUGUGUCGCGAAGCUAUUACUGGAGAUCCUAAUAAUCAAAUAAUUUUUAAAGAUUCAACAAAUCAAGAUGAUGUUAGAAAAAAAAAGCAUAUAACUAAAAAAAUGUCGUUUGAUGCUUUAGCUUCAAGAUUUGGUAUUCACUCGUCACAUGAACCAAGAUUAAAUUAUUUUAAAACUUCUGCUGAUACUUCCUCAACUUUAAGACCUAUUCCUUACGAAGAACCUCAAAGUAGUGUAAAUAAUGUGGAAUUAGAUACAAAGAAAAUGUAUUCUAAUAGUUUUAAUAUAAAACCCAUUCCUUAUACUCCUCAAAAAAUCGAUAUUUCUGAUGAAAAUAAUGAUAAUCCUUAUAUUUCUCGAAAAAUCGAACUUCCUGAUGAAAAUAAUUAUGAUAAUUCUGAUAGUCCGAAACUUUUCAUGCCACCACCUAACAAAAAAGUGAUUGGAGAUAGGAUGAAAAUCAAAACUGCUUCUGGCCAAGUUUAUGAAGUUGAUAGAUGGUGCCCGCACGCUAAAGAUGAUCUUGGUGCAAAG